GGGACUACUUUCAAUAACUUUUGCACAUGCAAGUCACAAACAUUCCAGAUCCCUUGAAUUGCUUGCGGAAGAAGCGGCGCGCGGAGGGAGCGGCACGCGGAGGGAGCGGCACGCGGAGGGAGCGGCACGCAGCACGCGGAGGGAGCCAAGCCGACAUCACAUAAACGCGCUGAGCAGCACGCCGGCACCAUUCGCUCUUCAGACGCCGGAGAGUUCUGACUGGGUCUUCGGACGCCUAAGGGAUUGGAUUAAUGGCGGAUGCUGAGGCGAGCGCUGAGUUGCCGGAGGAGGCCAGACCCGACGGGGGCACUUUGCAGGUGCUGAGAGAUAUGGCCAGCCGCUUGCGAAUCCAUUCCAUCAGGGCUACAUGCUCCACGAGCUCCGGCCACCCUACAUCCUGUAGCAGUUCUGCCGAGAUCAUGUCUGUGCUGUUCUUCUACAUCAUGAGGUACAAGCAGUCAGAUCCAGAGAAUCCAGACAACGACCGAUUUGUCCUCGCAAAGAGACUGUCGUUUGUGGAUGUGGCAACAGGAUGGCUUGGACAAGGACUGGGAGUUGCAUGUGGAAUGGCAUAUACUGGCAAGUACUUCGAUCGGGCCAGCUACCGGGUGUUCUGCCUCAUGAGUGACGGCGAGUCCUCAGAAGGCUCUGUCUGGGAGGCAAUGGCCUUUGCUUCCUUCUACAGUCUGGACAAUCUAGUGGCAAUCUUUGAUGUGAACCGCCUGGGACACAGUGGUGCAUUGCCCGCCGAGCACUGCAUAGACAUCUAUCAGAGGCGCUGCGAAGCCUUCGGGUGGAACACUUACGUGGUGGAUGGUCGGGACGUGGAGGCGCUGUGCCAGGUGUUCUGGCAGGCCUCUCAGGUGAAGCACAAGCCCACUGCUGUGGUGGCCAAGACCUUCAAGGGCCGGGGCACACCAAGUAUUGAGGAUGCAGAAAGUUGGCAUGGAAAGCCGAUGCCAAGAGAAAGAGCAGAUGCCAUUAUCAAAUUAAUUGAGAGCCAGAUAGAGACCAGCAGGAGUCUUGACCCACAGCUCCCCAUUGAGGACUCACCUGAAGUCAACAUCACAGAUGUAAGGAUGAUCUCUCCACCUGAUUACAGAGUUGGUGACAAGAUAGCUACCCGGAAAGCAUGUGGUUUGGCUCUGGCUAAGCUGGGCUAUGCAAACGACAGAGUCAUUGUGCUGGAUGGUGACACCAAGUACUCUACCUUCUCUGAGAUAUUCAACAAAGAGUACCCUGAGCGUUUCAUCGAAUGCUUUAUGGCUGAGCAAAACAUGGUGAGCGUGGCGCUGGGCUGUGCCUCCCGUGGACGGACCAUUGCUUUUGCUAGCACCUUUGCUGCCUUUCUGACUCGAGCAUUUGAUCAGAUCCGGAUAGGAGGCCUGUCUGAGAGCAACAUCAACAUUAUUGGUUCCCACUGUGGGGUAUCUGUUGGUGAAGAUGGUGCUUCCCAGAUGGCCCUGGAGGAUAUAGCCAUGUUCCGAACCAUUCCCAAGUGCACGAUCUUCUACCCAACUGAUGCUGUCUCCACGGAGCAUGCUGUUUCUCUGGCGGCCAGUGCCAAGGGGAUGUGCUUCAUUCGGACCACCCGACCAGAAACUAUGGUUAUUUACACCCCACAGGAACGCUUUGAGAUCGGACAGGCCAAGGUCCUCCGCCACUGUGUCAGUGACAAGGUCACAGUUAUUGGAGCUGGAAUUACUGUGUAUGAAGCCUUAGCAGCUGCUGAUGAGCUUUUGAAACAAGAUAUUUUUAUCCGUGUCAUCGACCUGUUUACCAUUAAACCUCUGGAUGUCACCACUAUCAUCUCCAGUGCAAAAGCCACAGAGGGCCGGAUCAUUACAGUGGAGGAUCACUACCCGCAAGGUGGCAUCGGGGAAGCUGUCUCUGCGGCCGUCUCCAUGGAUCCUGACAUUCAGGUUCAUUCGCUGGCAGUGUCAAGAGUGCCCCAGAGUGGGAAGUCCGAGGAAUUGCUGGAUAUGUAUGGAAUUAGUGCCAGACAUAUCAUAGUGGCCGUGAAAUGCAUGUUGUUGAACUAAAAUAGCUGUUAGCUUUGGUCUUUUGGCCUCUUUACCCUAUGUUUAUGUUUGUUCCAAAACCAUCAUUUAAAUCUAUACUGUCAGGCUUUGUUUCUUAAAAGCAAAGCCAGUUAACACCUUCUUUCAUCCCUAGUUUGGAAAUUCAAGCUAACUACUUAUCCUUUAAACGGUGACUGCAUAUGCAAGUACCACUGUAAUUUUUGAAUCAUUAAAAAGGGAGUUACACAACUUUAAGUGAAAAAAAUAGGUAACAAAACAACCACCUGAUAGUAAGUUUUCUGAUAAGACUAUAGAUAAGUGGUAGAGGUCAUCAGUUCUUUAAAAGUGUUUCCUUCGUAACUGGUAGAGGUAAUAGUUUUUACAGUGUAUUUCCUUCAUGAGUAAAGAAAAUGUGAAUUGAAGUAUAGAUUGCAGUAGCCUAGGUUCCACAGCACAAUAACACCAUGACACCUACCGCUGUUCCCACCUUGGAAUUCUGUGCCAUGCCACCUGCAGCCAUCCUGGAAUUCCCUUCACUGUUUGCCUUAAUCUCCCCUCCACAGUUGAGAGGCUGUCAGGCAGCAGCAAAAGCUUGUUAGGAUGUCCUGUACUGCUUGUGAUGAAGGUCUCCACACUGUACUGUUCAAGUCAAUGUUAAUAAAGCAUUUCAAAACCA